AUGACGUCGUGCUCACCAAACACUGAUGAUCUCUUCGCGGAGGCAUUCGCAUGUUUCGAACAGGGUCUAUGCUAUGAUGAAAUCAACGAUUAUGUGAGAUUUCAAAUUAGGUCUUUAUCCUACAAAACUAAUUUUUUUGCCACUAAAAUAUUUCUCAAACAACCGAUUUUCAUUUUCUCAUACAAGAAUGAUGGCAAUCGUACAAUAGAGCCUUCAUUGCGAGCAGCUGAUCGGCAGUUGCAGUCAGGCGGUUCAUUUGCAAUUUUCGGGUGUCCGAGCGAUUCGAAUUUAACUGACUGCCUUUGGCUGUCCGAUUUUGAGGAGAAUGCGAUCAUCAUCUACGAACGUGGCUUGAAUCUAGUGAAAGAGGCUGAAUUGGGCAAAAAUGCGAAGAAGAGUGCAUUGUAUAAGGAAAUUUGUACGUCAAGAAAGCGAGUCGAGAAACGUUUGAAGAAGUUGAAAAAGGAAAAAACACCUACACAGUUGAAACGAUCGUUGACAGAGCCAGAAAAGGAGAAGCCCGACGAGUGGGUAAUGGUGGACAAAGCUUCCAUCGGCGAUGAAGACGUCAAACAUGAACUACGAGAACAAUUGGAGUCCAUCAAUGAAGGUGAAGCAGAGCUAGUAUUCUUCAUACCAGACGGUGUUCAAUUGUUCAUUAUAGAGGUAAUCAUGAAAUAA